GGCGGACUCUCCCUCGGGGAAGUGACGCAAAGGCCUGUAUUCGAGCGAGGUAAAGAUGGCGGAAGGUGGCCGGAGCUAUAUCGACCAUGAUGACCGGGUUGGUGGAGGUUUCUUUCCGAAGAAGCGGAAGGGGCGUGGCCCAUUCCGGGCAAAAAUGUAUAGUGAAGCAGGUCAAAAGCAUCGGAAUCGUGGCAAUUACCAGCCUAACCCUCGUUCCCGUCUAGAUGACGAAGAUGGAGAUGUGGCUAUGAGUGAUGUACAUGACAACGCCCGUUUACGAUUUAAUCCUUAUCGCGGAGGCAGGAGAAGAGAUGAAAGACAAGGAAGAGACAGGGGUGCUUCACAUGGAAAUGCUGCUAGGGAUGUUCCCCAUCAUGAUAGACCUGAGGCCAGAGGUGACCGAAACAGCUGGUUUAAGAUUACGAUUCCAUAUGGCAAAAAAUAUGAAAAGGAUUGGCUGAUUGGCCUUUUGCAAACCGCCUGUUCACUGCCUUUUUCUCCUAUAGGGUACUAUUGUGACCACUCUCGGGCCCACUUCUUUGUGGAAGAUGCUGCUGUUGCAAAAGCUCUGAAACAGAUCUCGAGGACUUUUACCGACAGAGAAAACUUCAAGGUUACUAUACUUACGCAACCGUCUCAGCCCCCUGCUCAAGCAAGAGAAAUGCAAAUGACUGAAGAGGAAAACACACAUUUUAAGCUCUGUAUGCAAAAGCGAUAUGAUGGAGCCCAGCAAGCUCUAGACAUGAGCUCACUUCGUUCUGAUCCAGAUCUUGUGACAAACAAAGUAGACAUCAUUCUAAACAGGAAGUCCUGUAUGCAGAGUAUGUUGCAGAUCAUUGAAGAGAAUGUGCCUGAGCUGUUAUCUUUGGAUCUCAGUAACAACAAACUGUACAAACUGGAUCACAUGACAGACAUUCACCUCAAAGCCCCAAAUCUAAAGAUCCUAAACUUGUCUAAUAAUGUGCUAAGAUCAGAAAAGGAUCUGGAUAAGGUUAAAGGUCUGAAGCUCGAAAUUCUGUACUUGGAUGGAAACCCACUCUGCGACAACUUCCGAGACCAGAACACAUAUAUCAGUAAUAUGAGAGAACGCUUUCCAAAACUACUGCGACUGGAUGGACAUGAGCUUCCUCCACCAAUAACAUUUGAUGUAGAAACCCCCACCACACUUCCUCCAUGCAAGGGCAGCUACCUGGCUACAGAUAAUAUUAAAGUAAUAGUUUUGCGAUUUCUUCAACAAUAUUAUGCUAUCUACGAUGGUGAAGAUCGCCAAGGCCUGCUAAAUGUUUAUCAUGAUGAAGCUUGCUGUUCUCUUAGCAUCCCAGCUGUGUCAGGGCAGAACCCUGCCAGGAGCAGUCUGGGAGAUUAUUUCACUAACAGCAGAAAUUUAAAGCGACUGCGAGAUCCCUCGCUUCGGUUUAAACUUCUUAAGCACAAACGUCUCAAUGUUGUUAGCUUCUUGAAUGAACUUCCAAAGACCCAGCAUGAUCUGAACUCCUUUGUUGUGGACGUCACUGCUCAGGCUACCACUUUACUUUGCUUUGUGGUUAAUGGAGUGUUUAAAGUUGAGGGGCAAUCCAGUGAUCCUGUACGUGCUUUCACUCGGGUAUUCAUAGCAGUGCCAGGAACUGAAGGACUUCUUCUUUUGGUAAAUGAUCAACAAUUUAUAAGGAAUGCAAGCACGGAUGAGAUUCGCAAAGCCUUUGCCACGCCGGCUCCGACUCCAUCAAGCAGCCCUGUACCUGUGCUGGCCCCUGUACCCCAGGACAUGGUGCAAGCAUUCAGUCAGCACUCUGGCAUGAACCUCGAGUGGUCUCAGAAGUGUCUCCAGGACAAUGGCUGGGACUGGGAGCAGUCUGUGCAGAUUUUUAUGAGGCUAAAAGCCGAGGGAAAAAUUCCAGACAUUGCCUUUAUCAAGUGAUUUUUUUUUUUUCCCCCAAUGGUACACUUUUCAAG